AUGUCAGUGAACCCAUUCCAGAACGUCGGGAAAAAUAUUUUGUAUUUGACUGCUGCCGGAGCAUUUUCGGUUAUCCUAGUAAAGACUAUCAUCAGAUCUCAAAGAGAUGCUAAAUUCAUUCCCUUAGCGAAGGAUCAAGGAGCAGAGGGAGGUGAUUACUAUUCCAACGUAGCAAACGUGAAGCCUGGUUUCCCUUUACCAGCAGAUGCAGCUAGCUCCGACAGAAAAAGUGAGUUUGAAGGUUCAGGGCUCAGUUACCGUAGCAGAAAAUCAGGUGACAAGCUGGGAUUUUGGGAUAGAAGAAGCAAGGACAACUAA